CGCCCGCCGCCCCCGCGCCCGCUGGCACCGCCCGAGACCCACCCGCUGCCUGGCGGUAGGAGCAGCAGCCCGAGCCGGCGGGGGAGAGUGUCGGGCGCGGCCUCCCCGGCUCAGCACCGCGGACAGCGCCGGCUCCUUCUCGCCGCCGCGCGGGGAUCAUGGCCACCGAGGUCCAUAAUCUGCAGGAGCUUCGGCGCAGUGCUUCCCUGGCCACCAAGGUCUUCAUCCAGAGAGACUACAGCGAUGGGACCAUAUGCCAGUUCCAGACCAAAUUCCCUCCCGAGCUCGAUAGCCGGAUUGAGCGGCAACUCUUUGAAGAGACAGUGAAGACCCUCAACAGCUUCUAUUCGGAGGCAGAAAAGAUUGGGGGCAGCUCCUACCUGGAAGGCUGCCUGGCCUGCGCCACUGCCUACUUCAUCUUCCUCUGCAUGGAGACCCACUACGAGAAGGUGCUCAAGAAGAUCUCCCGCUACAUCCAGGAGCAGAACGAGAAGAUCUUUGCCCCGAGGGGCCUCCUGCUCACAGACCCCGUGGAGCGUGGCAUGCGGGUUAUCGAGAUCUCCAUCUACGAGGACCGGUGCAGCAGCGGUAGCUCCAGCAGCGGCAGCAGCAGCGGCAGCGGCCUCAGCAGCGGCGGGGGCGGCGGGGCCGGGGCCCGGUGACUGGCCGAGAGCCCCUGCGGGGAGGCGUACGGCCGGGCCGACGGCCUGGCAGACCUGCGGAGGCUGCGCUACCAGAGCACCCGCUUCUGAGACACGCCCUGUGCCACCCCCCCGCCUCCCCAGGGCCGCCCCGGGAGAGAGGGGCAGAGGGACGGCCCCGGUGCUCCGCAGUUAUCCAGCUGCGCCCUCGGCUCCUCGCCCCUGGCGCCAGGGCCGCUGCCUGCCCGGCUGAGUCCGGGCUUCGGGGUCCAGGACGGGGAGAGCCCAGUUGGAACAACGCAAUUCCCAGUACCUGGGAAAUAAGAUUUCAUGCCCUGCACGAUGCCGCCUCUG